UUUGGGAUGGGGGCUGAGAGAUUCCAAACAAAUCUACAAACAGCAGAAGUCACCUGAGUGAAACCUUUCUAACAUUCAGUCUAGGAGAGCGAGAAAGAGACAGGAAAGUAGCACAUAUACAGUAGUAGUGCACUGAAUAAAGGAGGGACUGGAGAGUGAGGUCUUCUUGUAGACAUAGAGCUGGCUUUGGUGGUCUCCACUGCCCUAUCUGCUAGGAACACAUCGGCACCAGCAAUUAAAUCAUGAGGGGUAAAACACAGGUCCCUGAAGAGAACACGAGACCCCUGAACCCAACACAGCAAGUGCCUCGUCCCGGAAAACACAGAAGAGGCAUGGCAGCUCCAAAGGUGCAAAAUAAAAGAAGGCCCACCGCACGAAAGAUCAUCAUUAUAAUCCUCAUAGUUUUGGUCAUAUUGGCCAUUUUGGCUGUGGCUGCUUACUUAAUCAAGCUGUUGAUCGAUAGCAAGUAUUUCUUCUGCUCCAAGUCGGUUAAGUUCAUUCCUCUGGCGAAGGCUUGCGAUGGUAAAGCGGAUUGCAGCGGAGGAGAAGAUGAAUCAGCCUGCGUCAUGAAGUUUGGACCAAAUUCCACCUUUCCCCUACGGCUGGCCUCAUCUAAUGACGUACUGCAGGUAUACAGUCCUGAUAACAAUAAAUGGAAAAGUGUAUGUGCAGAUGGAUUCACCCAACAACAUGCUGAGACAGCGUGUCAACUUCUGGGAUAUACGUCUAAACCGUCAUACAGCACAGUUCAAGUGGGUCUUUUGCCCUCUGCUUUAAAGAUGUCUUUCUGUGCUGUGGGCUCAAGUAAACCACAAACUUUCCAAUCCACUGUUUCAGAUCAAACGGUAUGCAGUACACAAACAGUUGUCACAUUAACAUGCUCAGUUGACUGUGGUGUGGGCCACGAGGACCGGAUUGUUGGUGGAAAGGAUGCGGUUAUUGAGAAUUGGCCUUGGCAGAUCAGUCUGCAAUACAGCGGCCAGCACACCUGUGGAGGGUCACUUGUGUCUCCACAGUGGGUAGUUACUGCUGCUCACUGCUUCAACGGUGAUGGUAGGAAAGAUCUCAGCAGAUGGACGGUGGUCUCUGGAAACACGUAUCUCAGCUCUUCAGGAGCUUCUGCUGUCAACAAAAUCCUCAUCAACAGAGAUUACAACCCAUCGCAAAACGACUAUGACAUCACCAUGAUUAAACUUCAGUAUCCUAUAACAGUGGGAGAUACUCGUAAGCCUGUGUGCCUGCCCCCCAAAGACUUCGGCCUUAAAGCGGGAGACAAUUUAGUUGUAACUGGCUGGGGACAUCUGAGCGAGACAGCUGGUAAUUUGUCACCAAACUUACAAAAAGCUCAGAUCCCAAUGAUAGACCAAAAUCAAUGUUCAAGCCCCACAGUCUACGGUUCAAGUAUAACUCCCAGGAUGAUAUGCGCUGGUUAUGUGGAGGGCAAGGUGGAUGCAUGCCAGGGUGAUAGUGGUGGUCCUUUGGUACAUUUAGAUGACCGUUGGAUGCUAGUAGGUGUGGUUAGCUGGGGUAUGGGCUGUGCCAGAGCAGGUCGCCCUGGUGUUUAUACCAAUAUGGACCAAAUGCUCGACUGGGUCCACUCGGUCAUGCAGGAAUUUAAGUGAGUUUGGGACAAAGGACUUAUUUUGACAAUCCAACAACAUGGAUUUACUACAAAGAUCUUCAGUAUGCGAUGAGAGAAAAAUGUAUGCAGUAAUAUGUAUAGUGGGGGUUAAAAAUGGAUUUGGGGAGACUACUUAAGGGAAAAAAAUGCAAAAUCAAAGCAUUUUUUUCUGGUGGAUUUUUAUUAAUGGUCUGGUGGACCCCCAGUGUACUGUAUAUACAAACUUGACCAAUUUGUGAAGGAACUUAUGCGGGAGUUUUUUGUCUGCACUCAGGGUCUUGUGAUAUGUUUAAAGGUGUCACGAGAAAGAUUUUGCACAUCUUAAUAAUGUACAAAUUUGAACACAAAUAUUGCUAAAAGAGAGACAAUAAUGAAUCUUCUCUUUUGGACAACAUUUAGGGCACUAUUUUAAUGAUCUAAGCGUAUUGUCUUAAGCGCAUGGUCUAAAUAAGGGUUUCCGAACCCACUUUUGCACAUUUAAGGAUGGGAAAAAUGGUUUAUGCGCCAAGCGCAUGGAAUAAAAGGGUUUAUCCUAUUCUUGUAAUGGGUAAUGUGUGUGUUUUGGGCGUAACGUGCAAUAAACCAAUGAGAGUCUCAGCUCUCAUCCCAUUUAAAAGCCAGCUGCGCCUGGCGCCAUGCCUAAUGCCUAUUUAGAAAGUGGAAUUUUUAAACUGAAAAACUAAGCGGAGGAAGAUGACCACCAGUUUAAGAAUGUUAAAAAAAAUUGUGUUGUUUUCAUUUGUAUUAAAAUUGUUAUUUUUUUAUUAAAACCUUUAAAAUCAGUUUUCUUUAAGUCAUGGCAGUAGAAAUAGCAGGCAUUUAAUUGCUGUAAAUGUAUUGAUAGCCUACAUAAUCAUUGUAAUCUCAUAAAAUAAUGUGCAAAUAUGCAAUAAAAGGUUUGUACUCUAAAAAUACAAACAAGAGAUGAAGAAUUUACAAACGCGAAGAGAGCCGUUUCAGCACUCGGACAGCGCCAUGUUUUUCAAAAAAUCAUUACUUAAAUUGUUUCUCAUCUCAUCAUAUCCACAGGUACAGAGUCAUCAUAUACAAUAAAUGGGGUAGCAUUUAAAAAACAUUUAAAAACAGAUGCAUUUGUUUAAAGCAAAACAUUUAUUUACUUACCAGGCUGCAGGUGAAGCUGCUCUUUAAGCCUUCUAACGUCUCAUAAUCGAUCCUCAUUUAUGUCCAAGAGACUCAAUAAUAAUUUUUUACAUUUAAAUCCUUUAUUUUUUCAUAUUUAAAAGCGUUUUUGUGGUGUUGCACAUCCGUGUGAUAAGCAAACCCGCGUUGUUGUCCUGUCUAUACUGUAGGCGCAUAUUACUAACGCACUCAUUAAAUAACAAAAACAAUAUUGCUCAAUAUGACAAUAUUGACCAGGUUUUUGUUGGUCAAUGGCGUAGUCUAUUUUAGUUGCUUCGUUUUUAGACCAGAACGCCCAUGGGCGGAAAAUUGGGCGCAAAUGCAUUUGCUAUUUAAACAACGUGGCGCUAAACUUGAAAAUGAUCAUUGCGCCGGGUUGAAACUAGCAAUAGACACUUGCGUUGCUCAUAGUCUUUUUGUGAUCUACAGUGAUGCCUUACAAGUUUAAAACCAAGCGAUGUCAAAUACACUUUUGUUUAAAUACUUUUUUCCAGCCACAUCAGGAUGCUGUUUGAUUUAAGAUCUUCCCAGGAUAUACUCUUCAUUUUAAAUGCCAAUUUGCUUUGCCAAAGAUACCCAAAUGCAACAAAGCAUUUAUGCCAAGCAAAAGAAGUCUUAAGAAACUGCCAUGUCAUCAGUUAAAGAGACAAUUUUGCUUCUGUGUGUGCAGAAAAAGAUACAAAUAUUUACCAUUUAGGCACAGAUAUAUAUACAUGACCAAUAUGUACACGUGAGGUGGUAAAAUAGGUUAUGCACUCUUUUGGGUAGUGUGAGGUCUUUAGUUGCAAAGGUGUACUUUUUAAAAGGGUAGGCAUCCCAGCUAGGGUCCAUGUUUUUCUGACACUGUACAGAAGUCACUAUUUUGCAAAUGAAUCUUUUUAUGUAGCGCCACUCCUGUAUCCACUAUAAGCUUGUUUAAUUCAGUUCUCACUACUUGAAAGUCAGAAGUGACUUUAAUGUCACGUCUGUAAAUAAGUCAAUUAUGUGUGAACAGAUUAAACACUGGAGUGAUGACCAUAUACAGCUGCUGCAUGGGUGCAUAUGGCCAUGAAUCAUGUUUACCUGAAGUUUUCAAUACGUGGAUUAGUUUGAGUUGUGAAACUCAAGUAGUUUUAUUAAUAUUUGUUCAAAUGUUUAGAAAAUGUACAUUUUUAAUUUUAUGCACGAAACUUGUUUUUCUUUGGUUUUGUUAACUUAUGAACAUUGUUUUUUAUGUAUGUAAAUAAUGCAAAUUCACACUAUUUGUGAAAGUAAAGGAUAUUUCUUGUACAUAUUGCACACAUUCAAUCUGGUUUUCAUGUCAGAUUUAUUAUAAUAAACACUGGUAAACAGUAA